AUGGCUAGAUGUCAUUUCACCGAUAUCAUCAAGGAGUUCAAGAAAUUCUGGGAGAUUGAGGACAUCGGCAUCAAGGCAAGCCAUCAAUCCGAAAUCGAGCAGGUAUGUGAACAACAUUUUCAAAAGCAUGUUUCGCGUACUCCAGAAGGUCGUUAUGUGGUGGCCCUCCCGUUCAACCAGAGGAAAGAACUACUCGGCACAUCCUACCUUCAAGCCAAACGCAGACUCCUCGCACUGGAACGAAAAUUCCAGUGGGAUCCAACCCUCAUGGCUGACUAUACUGCUGUUAUCGACGAAUACAAGCAACUCGGUCACAUGAGAAAAAUCGACACGGAAGUGGAAGAGGGCUUUUACCUUCCACACCACGCGGUCUUCAAGGAGACCAGCCUCACCACUAAGACUCGCGUCGUCUUUGAUGGCUCAGCACGAUCCAGCACUGGCAUCUCCCUGAAUGAUGCACUCAUGGUCGGGCCGACCAUACAAGACGACAUCCUGUCCCUCGUCCUCCGCUUCAGAACUCAUAACUUCAUCCUGACCGGUGACAUCGAAAAGAUGUAUCGUCAAGUUCUUGUGAGACCUGAAGAUACAAAAUUUCAACGCAUUCUCUGGCGGGAGCACGAACAAAUUCAAACAUACGAGUUGCAAACAGUGACGUUUGGACUCGCCCCAGCUCCUUAUCUCGCAGUCAGAUGUCUGCAUCAACUCGCUGACGAUGAGAGGGAAAGAUUUCCUCUUGCUUCAGCAAAACUAAAACAAGAUCUCUACGUAGAUGACCUUCUCACCGGCACCAGCACACUUGAAGAAGCUCUACAACUUAGAGACGAGAUGAUCGAUCUUCUAAAGACAGGGGGAUUCAAUCUCAGGCAAUGUGCCUCCAAUUCUCCAGAUGUCCUCCAUGGUCUCCCAGAAUCCACAGUGAAUAUCCAGCUACUCGGAGGAGCUGAUUCAGCACUUAAAACGCUCGGUGUCCGCUGGGAUUCGAAAAAUGACAGCAUUGUAUAUACCGUCAAUCCAAUAGCUACUAGAGACACCACCACCAUGAGGACAAUUGCCUCAGAUGUAGCCCGCAUCUACGAUCCACUUGGUCUGCUCAACCCAGUCAUCACACACGCCAAAAUCAUCCAACAGCAGCUCUGGCGACUCAAACUAGAUUGGGAUGACUCAGUGCCUACUGAAAUCUACACUCAGUGGCAUGAAUUUGUUUCACAGCUACCUCUGCUGAAUGAAAUCCAAUUUCGACGUCAGGCCAUCAGCAGUGAACAAUUUGAUCUUCAUGGAUUUUGUGAUGCUAGCAACCGUGCAUAUGGUGCUUGCAUCUAUCUACGUUCCAUCAGCCCGACUGGAGAGGUACAGGUCAAUCUGUACUGUGCUAAAUCACGCAUCACGCCCAUCAAUCACACCAGCGAGCAAACCACUCCACGUCUAGAGCUCUGUGCAGCAGAGUUACUUUCCAAACUAUAUGACAUCGUGAAGAAGGCUACACACAUCGAACCAGGAAGAGCAAUUUUUUGGUCUGACUCAACAGUUGUUCUUCAUUGGAUCAAAACUCCUCCUCAUCUUCUCCAAAGGUUUGUGGCCAAUCGAGUGGCCAGAAUCCAAGAGCUAACCGAUCCUACUAACUGGAAACACGUUCGAACACACGAAAAUCCCGCAGACGCCAUAUCUCGAGGGCAACUCUCUUCAGUCUUUCUCCAAAACGAUCUCUGGAAGCAUGGACCCAGCUGGCUUCAAGGGGAUGAAGAACAUUGGCCACACUUCAACAUCGGGAAACCAAUAGACCUUCCUGAACUCAAAAAGGCUACAGUACUCCUAGUGUCAUCUCCACCCAGGAAUCCUCUUCUUCAACGUUACUCCUCCUUUCAACGGCUCAAGAGGAUCAUGGCCUUGUGUCUUCGUUGGAAAACCAAGGUUAAAUCUUCUCAUCUGACCCUUCAGGAGUUGAAACGAUCCGAAAUUCUGAUUCUCCAACUGCUUCAACAAGAAACUUUCAAGUCAGAACUCAGAUUGCUUCAAGAAGGAAAAUCUCUUCAUCCCAAGAGUCGUCUCAUCAACCUCAGUGUUCAGCUUGAUGAGAAUCAUCUAAUACGAGUCGGUGGACGACUUAAAAAACACAAAACGUUGCCUCUCGAUGGAAUCCAUCCAAUCCUGCUGCCCAAGGGACAUCAUAUAACCAACCUCAUCAUCCAGGAAACACACCUCUUCAGCUUACAUUCAGGAAUCCAAAACACUCUUCAUUUAGUAAGACAACGUUUUUGGCCCAUGGAUGGACGCAAUCAGACACGAUUCCUCAUCAACAAGUGCAUCAGUUGCGCCCGAGUGAAUCCUCCAACCGUAAGCUAUCCCAUGGGCAAUCUACCUCGCGAACGUAUCACACAAUCAAGACCAUUCACACAUACAGGAGUGGACUACUGUGGCCCUUUCUUCAUCAAGGAAAGGAAACUUCGCAAUCGUAAUAGGAUCAAGGUUUGGGUCUGCAUCUUUGUUUGUUUCAGCACAAAGGCUGUCCAUAUAGAACUUGUCAGUGAUCUCACGAGCGAAGAGUUCUUGGCCACUCUCAGCAGGUUCAUCUCCAGGCAUCCCUCUUGUAAGGCACUCCACUCUGAUAACGCCACAACAUUUACUGGAGCCCAUAAUGAACUAAAGGAACUUCAUAGUCUCAUCACGGAUGAAAAACAUGAAGACUUCAUCCGAAGGAACCUCACACACCAGGGUAUCGAGUGGCACUUCAUACCUCCAAUAUCUCCACAUUGCGGUGGCCUAUGGGAGGCUGCCGUGAAAUCCUGCAAACAUCAUAUGAAGAGAGUCAUCGCCAAUGAGCUGCUCACCUAUCAGCAGCUUAACACACUUUGUGUUAAAAUUGAGGGAAUCCUCAAUUCCAGACCCCUCACGCCCAUGUCAUCGGAUCCAAAUGACUUUUCUGCGCUCACCCCAGCUCACUUUCUACAUGGAGGACCAACAACAGACCUCCCAGCUCCAGACUGGUCGGAAACCCCAUCCAACCGUCUAUCUCACUGGCAACAUCUGGAGCAGAUGAAGCAGCAUUUCUGGAAUCGAUGGCACAAGGAAUAUCUAUCCGAACUCAACGUCCGCCAUAAAUGGACCUCAGGCAGUCAUAAUAUUAACAUUGGCUCAUUGGUGUUGCUCCGAGACGACAAUUUGCCUCCUCUCAAAUGGCGCAUGGGGCGCAUCACCGAAGUGUUCCCAGCUGAAGAUGGUAUCAUCCGCAAGGUGAAGGUCAAAACCUCCACCAACAUCAUGGAGCGGAAUGUGCGACGACUCGCACCUUUACCAAUAGAUCCAAUCACUGCUACUACAGGGACUUGA